UUUGUGUUCAGUCGUUGCCAGUCGAAAACAAAGGCAAUCUGCUCUGCCUGGUCUGCUCGUAGUGCUCGUAUCACACACACACACUCCCCCACACCAAAAACACACAUACAUACACAUACACACAAAAUCAUACAUCAACGCACAUCGCGGCAAAAAUAAUAAGUUAUUAUAAAAACAUACAUUUAAAAAAACAAAGAAACAAGUGCUCUGAAGAAAAUGAGACAUCAGUGAUACAGUGAAAAAAUUGUUGAAAACCAUUCACACUUUUCCAAUGCAACGGUUUUCUUCUGUAUCUGUUUUCCUCAGAAGCUAUGUAUAAUUGACAAAAAAGCCAAAAGUUAUAAUACACUCGAUUUUGCAAAGUGCAAAAAGAAUAAGUUUUGAGCCUUAAAACACGAACACGAGGAGCAACAACAACUGGGGGAAAAUGAUCGUACGUCGUCGCUCCCACCGCGCCCGUAUGUGGAACAUGGGGCUGCUGUUUUUGAUCUACUACUGCGUUAGUAUUUACUCGGCCAAGGGUGAUGUCAAAGAGGGCGUUGACCAGACGCUGACUCCCGAUGUGGGCAGCCUAGCCGAGGAUGCUGGUGAUGCGGAUACCAAUGUAAAACCUAGUGAACCAAGUAAUGGAAUCAUUGAAGACGAGCCGCUGUCAACCUCCGAGAUGCCGUCCACAGUGGCCACCCCUAUACAUGGAGCCGUGCCCACUUGGCGGCCGAAGCGAAAUAAUUGUACACCGCCGGCAAUUGAGCAAUUUCCGGAGCCCUUGAUGAACAAAUGGGCGCGACGACAUGGCGGCCUUAUUCUCCACAUCCUGGUGGCAGUUUUCACUUUCUUCGGCCUCGCCAUUGUGUGCGAUGAGUACUUUGUGGCCAGCUUGGAUCGCUUGUGCGAGGAACUCAAACUCUCGCCGGAUGUGGCGGGUGCCACAUUCAUGGCUGCCGGCAGUUCAGCCCCCGAGUUGGCAACCGUCGUAAUUGGAGUGUUUUUCGCCAAGGAUGACAUCGGCAUCAGCGGAGUCAUCGGCUCCGCUGUCUUCAACAUUAUGUUUGUGAUCUCAGUGUGCGCCCUAUGCUCUGGAACCGUAUGCCAAUUAAACUGGUGGCCAUUGGUGCGCGAUUGUUUCUUCUAUUGUGUGUCCAUAUUGGUCAUGUUGAUCAUUAUCUUCAACGAUGUCAUAUCCUGCUUCGAGUCUGUGGUAAUGUUGCUCUGCUAUGUCGGCUAUUGCAUUGCUUUGCACUUUAACACGGAGCUAGAACGCUGGGCACUGAGCCUGAAUCUACCCUUCAAAUUGCCCAGCAAAGAGGAGCAGUCAGCUUUGGUAACCUACAAAAAUGUGCCAGAAGGAUCAUAUACCCAAGGACAGGGACAGCAGCAAACGAAGGAGACUGGCGACAUUACUUCCCCCGUCACCAACAGCAAUCAGGCGCAGCAAAAUAAUGAUUAUCAGAACUACAGCGAUCCUAAUGCCAGCUGGGAUCCGAAUGCGGCGUGGGGAGAACAGAGUCAACCCAAUCCAGUGGCAACCAGCCAACCGCCCGUUGACAAUUGGGGUGGCAUGGGCAUGGGCCAAGAGAAUAUGGGCUACAAUGCCGAUCAGCCUGAUUCGGUAGUGACAGGCGAAGCAGCAGCAGCAGCUGCCGCCGCUUCAGCGACCGGAAAAGGUGGACAAGUGGUGGCAACUUCUGCUUCCACUGGUGACUAUUACAAAUCGACAGACAAGCAACGUGAACCCCGCCCGGAUCCCCUUAUACGACCCACUGAAGGUGGUCUGCCCGCCUUGGUGGCGUGGUACGUCGUCUAUCCCAUACACUUUCUUUGCAAGAAGACCAUGCCCGAUUGCCGGCUGGAGCAGUAUCGCAAUUGGUAUCCAUUCACAUUUCUUAUGUCAAUGGUUUGGAUCUCGUUCUACUCGUACUUUAUGGUGUGGAUGAUCACCGUCAUUGGCUCCACCCUAGCCAUACCGGACACCGUGAUGGGACUGACAUUUGUGGCCGCUGGCGUUUCUGUGCCUGAUGCCCUAAGCUCAAUAGCUGUUAUCAAAGAAGGCUUCGGCGAUAUGGCCGUAUCGAAUGCAAUUGGCUCGAAUGUCUUUGAUAUACUAGUGUGCUUAGGUCUUCCAUGGUUCAUACAAACGGCCAUCAUAAAGCCCGGCUCUCAUGUCAACGUAAUAUCCAAGGGCUUGGCCUACUCUACAUUAUCGCUCUUCUCCACCGUUGUCUUCUUGAUUCUGUCAACGCAUUUAAAUGGCUGGAAGCUCGACAAACGCCUGGGAAUCAUACUCAUGGUCUGGUAUAUAUUCUUCAUCACGCUGGCGUCGCUUUAUGAAUUGAAUGUGUUUGGCUAUAUGAACCCACCCGAGUGUCCAAGCACAUAUUAAGCAAAAUAGCCUAAACAGCCUAGACAAAAUAUAGCCACAGAUGCACCGGCAUAUAUGUAUAUGUAUGGAUUCGCCAGAUUCUUACCAAGCACCAAAUAUCAUAGUCAAUUUCAGCAGCAUAAGCACCGACAGCCGAUAUAUACUUACAUAUACAUAUGCACAUAUGUAUGUGUGUACUCCAUAUAAGUA